UAGCCAUCUUGUAGGACUAGACUACAGACGUAUCUGAGGGAGGCUCUCUCUAACCGCUUGUAGAGCGGUGAACGUGUUUUGUUCGACAACUUUUCAGGACGAUUCAGAUCAUAAUUUAAGAAGGAUGGCUACGGAAGGAAUUCAAAUGGGGUCGAACUACCCUGUUAAAGGAAAUUUGUUUGCUGAAAUUCAUAAACAGCUGGGGCUCAUGCCUGGCUUUCAGGGACUAGGACAGGAUAUGAGUAAGUUAGAUCAACAAACACAAACGCCUGGCAGUGCUACUCCGUUGGAAAAAAUCAGACUAGAAUCUGAAGUUAUUGCCGCUGAUGUUAUCAGCAGUUUUGGACUUGAAGAAUGUAAGAAACCAAUGGAUAGAUAUUGCAAAACAAUGCGCAGAACUGUUAGGGAAUUAUCAGACCGACAUGACAUUGCAUUCAAAGGAAUGGUAAAUAAACUAAAUGUUGACGAUUCGAAUGCUUUUCCAACGUUUGUUUCUGUGGUGGACGAAAUAUUUGAGGAUGGACAAAUUAAUUGGGGUAGAAUUGUUGCUGUUUACACAUUCGCAUCUCGGUUAGCUUUACAUUGUCGUGUUCACACUCCGGAUUGUGAUGAAAGAAUAGCUUUGUAUGCUGGGAAAUAUGUUGCAAGCAAACUGGGGAGAUGGAUUCUUGAUAAUGGAGGAUGGGAUGCUUUCGCAGAUUAUUUUCCUGAGCAGGGUGCAAUGGAAGACAAACUUUGGAAGGGACUGGUGUACACUGCCAUGGGUCUCGGAGCUUUAGCUACCAUGGUUGCCACAAGGUGACGAGGAUAAAGGCACCAUGAGAAUGAAAGAAUGAUCUUGGGAAUGACUGGUGGUGUGGUGGCAGAAUGGAGUUUGUGGGAGGUGUGGUUGGAGAAUGAUACAAACUCAAGGAGUCCAUUUGUUCAAAGACUAGCUAGCUUCACACAUAUAGAAAAUAGCACUAAUUGAUGAGAUGUCACUUACUCAUUUUUUUCUUCUUUUUUAAUCUCUCCACAUUUUUCAUAUAAUGAAUAACAAAGAAAAUAAUGUGUUUAGACUAAAACAUACCCACAUUUGUCAGCUGUGAAUUGUAGUUGAACUGAAGGUUUACAGAUUACCGCCGAUAAAUGUUAAGAUAUGACAUUUAAUAAUGCCCCUAAGAUACCAUACCAUAUUUACUUGCUGUCCCACACUUAUAUACAUUCAUAUCUUUUCAGUAAAACAUUUCCAAGUGUACCAUUUAAAAAAGGACUUGUAUAUUAAUAUAGACACUGAUUAGUUCAAUACAUGCACAAUUUAUAUGCAUAUCUAUAAUUUUGUUUUAUUGGAUUGUCUGAUCAAAGAUAUUUAUAAUUAUAUAUUGAUGUUGAGGUUGCUUGCCUUUGAACUUGUGGUCUCCUUGAUUGGAGUGUGUAAAUUAUUUGAAGAUGGAUUCAGAUUUGAAAGAAGAAUCUGAGAGUUUUGGAAGUCUUAAUGAAGAAAUUCAUGUUUUAGGGUAGGGGGGUGAAUAUUUGUUUUACAAUAAGUUUAAAAAUGGCAUUUAGCUAAGUUUUGAAAAGAGUAGGUUAUUUUGAACAUACAGUUGAAUGUUGCACUGUAAUAUUUCAUUGAAAAAAUAUGCUAAAGAAUAGCAGCUCUAAUGCUGAUCAGCAACAAGGCCAUCUUUCAUGGCAUGUUUCUGUUUACAAAGUCUAAGGAGGUACCUUAAGGAUGUACUCCAUUGAGAAGUAAAAUCCAAUACUAAAUUUUGUUCCAAAAUCACUGAAAUUCUUUAUUUGACCAUCUUCUGAAUCAAUUUUUUAAGACUUUAUUUGAAAAGAGAAAUUUUCGAGAUUACCAGGAAAUGAUUAAUCUGUUGACACUAUUAACCAAAUCACAUUGUCCAAAAAAAAGUAGUCCACAAGCAAAAUUUCUUUUAAAUGUCCUAAAGAUCACCAUUUUAAGUUUGUAAGUACAAUUUUACAUAACAAAGUGUAAGAACACAGAAGUCCAACAUCUGUUGGAAUUAUUAUUGAAUUAUUUCUCGCGGUCAAAGGAGUACAUCCUUAACAAGGUAUAUUAAUUUGUCAAAUAUUGUUGGUGACACAAGUUGUGGUUAGAAACAAACUAGCCUGUUUUUUUUUCCUGGUGACAGAAUACAAGAUUAAAAGAAAAUGCACCUCUAUCAUCUGGACCUUUGGGUCAUAGCAUUGUUUGUAUAUCUUAGUUACAAAGAUAUCGUGGCAAAAUAUGAUCUGCGGACACGUGCAAUAGUUAUGUCGAGGUCUGAGGUUACCUUUACGACAGGCCAGUGUAAGAACAAUAGAAAUGUUAGUGGACAGUACAUGAUUCCAUGCGGAUGUACACCUUGGUGUUUAAAGGAUAUUGAUUCCUGAUUGUUUUGCGUGGUUUCAUAAUUUGGAAUACACUGGCAGGUAUAAAGGGUCGUUUUGUAGAAUCUUUUUUUUCCAAUUUAAAUUCAAUAUGAGAAACUAUCCAUUUGUAUUCAACAUUUUUAAGGUAUCAUUAUUAUGUAUAUCCAUUGAUUUUAAAAUGACAUACAUAUUCAUGGUCAUUCAGUGUUACUUCAUAAGGCUCCGUUAUUGACUCGAACUGAUUUAUAAAGGAAAAUGAUUGAUUGUAUAUUUGAAUUAAAAUAUGAAGGGAUAUACUAUCAGGGAAAUACAUGUUAAACAUUGAAGUGGGGACCUUUUUAAUGAUAAUUAGCCUAAUUUACCAGUUGUAAAUGGAAAAAUAUGUUGUCUACAAAUACUUGGCAGGUUUGGUUUAUAUACUUGGAUCCAGACAAUUUUAAAUGAUAUUUUUUUAUGAAUUCUCCAGCAAUAUAUCCCAGGUAAUGUUUUAGCAAAUGUACAAUUUAUCAAUUGUUUGAAGUAAAAAAUAAAACUUUUAAAACAACUUUAA